AUGGAGGAGGAGGAGGAGGCCGUGGUCCGGGAACGCCGGUUUGGUGGCGGCGGUUGGCGAUCGGUGGACGGCACGCAGCGCAGCACCACAGGGCUGCAGGACCAGGCUGUUCCGUGCCCCUGCGGCUCCGGCUCCGGCUCCGGCUGUGCUGUGCUCGUCUCGGCACCUGGCAGAGACGCGCGAUGGCCGCACGCCUCGACCUCCUAUGCCGUUGGCGGCGGCGGCGGCGGCGACCGGUUCAGCGCCCUCCCCGAAGGAAUAAUCGACCACAUCCUCUCCUUCCUGCCCGCCGAGGACGCCGUGCGCUCGUCCGUUCUCUCCGGGCUGUGGCGGGGCGACUGGGCCCACGCCCCCGCCCUCAACCUCUCCGACGAGCGGCACCAGGGCCGGUUCCUCGCCUUCGCCCGCGCGGUGCUCUCGCGGUACGGCGCGCCCGACAUCCCCGCGCUCAACGUGGCGAUCGGCUGCGAGUCCAACCUCGGCCCCGGCACCGCCGCGUGGCUCCGCGAUGCCAUGGAGCGUGCCGUCGGAUCGAUCUCCGUCUCGGUGACGGCGCCGGUUCCCAUGGACCGGCUGACUCUCCCCCGCCGCCUUAGAGCCAAGUCAAUAAGCCUGACACUCAGCAGCAUGUACGAAAACGCCGAUCUUGUGCUCCCCGACGAACCCUGCGAGACGGUGGCGUUCGGCAGCUUAGUUGAGCUGAACCUCUCGAGGGCGCGCCUACAGGGUGGCGGUGGCGUCUCGCUCGGUGAAUUCCUGUCAUCAUGCUGCCCCUGCCUGAGGCUGCUGCGCCUUAGCAAGUGGGACACAGACAACGUUGUUCAGAUCUCGGCUCCGCGGCUGCACAAUAUCAGCUGGUUGGGCGGCCUCCCGGGGCACCUCAGCUUCCUCACCGACUGUCGAUGUGUGCAGCGACUGGCUCUGGGUUUCAAAUGGACUUGGAGCAAAUAUCACGCCUUCCUAAUAUCAGGGCACUCUCCUUGCGGAUAG